AUGACUGAAAAAAUUGAUUAUAACAAAAGUUAUAGCUUUAGAUAAAAUGAAUCGACAGCUUAAAAAAAGAAUACUUAAGAUGAUUAAUAAGCUAACUCAUAUGUUAUUUCUGAUUUUAGAUAGUCUACAACUAACUAGGAUUUAAGUUAAGAAAAUCCUUUAUCUUAAUACAAGAUUCUUUUGCAAUUAAGUUCUUAGCUUUUAUUAGAGAAUACUGUAAAUGGAAAGAGAGUUAUUUAUAAGGAAUUUGCUAUUCCUUAAAAUAAAGGCUUUUAAGAAAUGUAAUCUGAGCUUAUGCGACGGAAAGCUAUCGAUUGCAAUAAUAUACUCAAACUAAAUUUAUUCUUAAUUGAGAAGCAGCAAACAAAAAAACCUUUAUCAGACUAAAAAUUUGGAGUAGUAUUUGAUAAUUUUAUUAGAGAUUUUGAUAGCGAAUUGGAGACUAGAAAAGGUAACAAAAAAAAUAUUUUAUCAUCUAUGAAAGAAAAUGGAGUAGUUUUACACAGUAAAGAUUAAAUUCACUAAGGUUUAUUGAUUAUGUCAAAGGUGAAUAGUAUCUAGUUAUUUUGGACAGAAGAAGAAAUUCUUAACACUUUAGAAUCUGUUUUACUUGGAAUUUGCGAACUCCAUAAAAACAAUAUAAUUCAUGGAGACUUUAAUGCUUCUUCUGUUGUAUUUUGUGAUGACGGAUUUGUAAAAAUAGCUGAUUAGUUUGUUACUAAUCCAGAUGUAUAUUAAAAAGAAAAGGUUUAAUAAUUUUAGCAAAGCUAUUUGCCUCCAGAGAAAACAUUCUAUACUGCUGAAGGUGAUUUUUGGGCCAUCGGAAUGGUUUUUUUGGAAGCAGCAAUUCUAGAAUCUAGUUAAGAUCUUUAUUCAUUUAAAUUUGAAAAUCUUCAAAGCUGUUAGGAAAACUAAUCUGAAGAUAUAUAUUAGAUAAACUUUAAAUUACUCUAAAGUAGAAUUUAAGAUUUGGUUCUAUUAUCGUAAAGUUAAAACAAAUAGAAUUAACUUUAAACUGUCUUAAAUUUGCUAUUAUCUAAAGAACCUUCAAAAAGGGGCGAGGCCUUAUUACAUUUUGAGGCUUUAAAGCAUUACUAUUCAAGCAAUCAAUUUGAAUAUAACUAAAUUUGUUAAGUUAGAAAUAUUAAUAGUCUAUCUAAUAUUUCUGAACCAUAAAUCUAAAUGUCUAAAAUAUCUAUAAAUUAAUCUAUAGCUUAAAAGAAUUAGGAAAUUCAAGAUAAUCAUAGCUAAAAUCAAACUUUGGAAUAAAAAAUUCCUUGUAUGAAAAUCUCUCUCUCACCUCAUAAAAGUCUUAUUUAAGCUCACAAAUAACAGAGAAAUAUCAAAAAUAACUAAUAAUUAAAUUUAUAAAUUUUAGAAGGUUAAAAUAAAGAUAAUUACUCUUCUAGCUUAUCUUUUUGUACAUAAUCUAAUAGUUCUUAAACAUCUAAAGAAAGGAACUAAGAAAAAGAUAUGCAAAUUUUAGUAAAUUCAAAUAUUCUCAAAUAAAAUUUAUCAAUCAAGAAUAAAGGUAAAGGAAUAUAAAGAAACUAAAAUGUCAAAAAUUUAGAUGAAAUUUGUAACAUAGGGAUAAGCAUUCCAUCUUUAGAAGUUAGUCCUAUCGUAAAUGAUAUUUGCAAACCAUACAAGGAGUAACUUUAGUAAGUAAAGACUCUCAUAAAACAAGAAAAAGAAAAUAUAGAAAAAAAUAUCGGAAUCAGUAUUUAGAGGUAGAAGAGGGUAAAAGAAUAAUAUCAAUAAAAGAGCUAGCUUUAAUAGAAUAUUAAUGCUAUUGAUAAUAAAAAUAAGAGGACUCAUUUUUCAAAGUAGGAUAAUAAAGAAAACUAAGGAAAUAUGUCUAUGCAAAGUAGAUCGAGUACAAUGAUAGACUUCUAUUUAUCUAACCCUUCAAAUAAAAAUGGAAUGGAGUCUCCAUAAAACCUCUCAUUUGAAAGUUAAAGUUGCAAAUCGUAAUCAAAUCAAAGCAAGCUAGUUUAUAAUUAUUUUAAGAGUUAGAAAAAUAAAAAUAAUGAUAGCGAAUUGAAUUUUGUUAAAUAAGAUAAGAUCAAAAAGCUUUCUCAAUAAAAAAUAUCUUAGUCUUUAAACAAUUCUAUAGAUUAUGUCAACCAAUUUAAGGAAUCUACUAUUUAAUUACAAAGAGAUAAAUCUUUAAAUUCAAAUAGAUAACAUGAAAAAGAAAAUAGAAUUUUUAUUUAAGAAAAAUCUAAAUCACAAUAAAAUAACCGAUAGGUUGAUUAGAAUUAGAAUUAUACUUCAAACAACUAAAAUAACUAAAGAUCUAAUGUUUAAAAUUCUCAAGUAAACGUCAAUCAACAAAAAAGAUAAUAAUAAUUAUAAUCUGAGCAAAAUAUUUAAUAAUAGCAGCAGUAGUUGUAAGGAAUAAAAAAAGAAGAAAUUUAAAUAAAUAAAAAUGAAAAUUAAAUGAACGAUAGGGUUAGAAGCUAACUGAGUAUUAAAAAAUAGUACUCAACUCUCAGUAAUUUAAUUGAUUCUUGUUUACAGAGAAGUAGGUCACUAACUUCUAGCUCCAUAAAUAGAAGUUAAAGCAUGCAAGAAAGGAAUAUUUUAAAUUCUUCUUUUUAAAAUACAAGCAACUACUAAAGUUAGCUAAACAAUUCUUUGAAUAGUAUCUCAGUUAAAUUAUAAACUACAACUAAAAAACAUUCUUUGUAAGACUAAUAAAAAAAUGAAUUAUCUGAGUUUGACAAAGAUUAGGCAGGGUAUGAAAUUUAUAAAAAGUAUUCUGAUAAUUAUGAAAUUUAAGACCAAGAAAGAUAAUUUUAAUCUAACACAUCUGCAGAAAUACAAAAAAAUAAUUUUAAUCAGAAUUUCCAUAGCAAUUAACCAUAAAAAGGAUUAUAAGAGUCUCCUGUAUUGUCGAAUAGAAGAAAUCUUCCUCCCAAAUCAACAAGUAGAUCUUCUAAAAAAGGAAUGAAACAAGAUCUCAAUAAUUCCUAGAAUUAGCAAAGCUUGUAAGAGCAAGCAAAGUAAUACAACAAUAGUAUAAACUUUAAACAAAUUGACUAAAUGAGUAUUAAAAUUUAAUCACAUUAAGAUGGCUUUAAAGAUAAAUAAGGUGAUAUUUCAUAAAUCAAUAGUCAAACAAUAAAAAGCAAUAAUAAGACAGUUUAAAAUUAAUAACCUAAUACAAAUAAUAUAGAAUAUAAUAUGAAUUAGGUAAAGAGAUAAAUUAAUAAUUUAGAAUAGGAAAUUAAGUCUAACUCAUCACAAAAUAUAUAUUCAGAAUCUUCUCUACAGUCAGUUGAUGAUAUGAAAACCAAUUCCUAGUAACUGUUUAAUGAAGUAUAAUAAAAAGAAAAUAUAUCCCUUUAUAAAAAUGAAGAUUAGCAGAGUAUAAUAAAUCAAUAAUAGAUCUAGAUUGAUAUUAUGUAAGUGGAGUUGAGUGAAUAACUUAGUGGAGAUUCUUUUCAAGUUUUUAAAGCUAGUGAAUAAAGUACCCAUAGAGAAAAACAAGCUAGCUGCAAAAAAUUAAAUAUAAAUGAGUUAAGAUCUCAACUUGAAUAAAAUAGCAUCUUAUAAAAUAACUUAAAAAAACCAACUCCAUAAAAUAUAUAAAUUAGAAUAUAAAAUUUUAUCUAUGAUGAUGAUUGGGUAUCCUAUGAUGGAUAAUACUUUAAUAAUACUUUCUCAGGAGUUGGUUUUCUAAAACUCAAAAAUAACUGCUCCUAUCAUGGAGAAUUCUUGAUGGGAAAGCUUAAUGGUUAUGGUAGUUUUUACAUAGGAUAAUAAAAUACUGUUGUUUUAGGCUAUUUUUAAAAUAAUAUUUUAAUUAAAAAGUGUAAUUGA